UGUUUGUUCAGUUUAAAUGUAUCAGAAUAUAUCACUUAUUUUAAAUUUUAAACUGCUGAAUUGUGGUGAAUGAUGUAUGAAGAUGAAGAUUAUGAGGAGUUUGAGCCGAUGUAUACACAGGAAGUGGACGAGGAGGAAGGGUCGGGGCUUUGGUUGGUGUUUGAGCAUUGUCUCACACCAACAUUACGAGGAUUAGUCUCACCUCUGCUACACUUGAUUGUCUCCUGUCUAGUAUUCAGGCUCUCCACACAACUGGUUGCUGUCCCUAUGGUAUUGAGGCACUUGGUGUCUUCCUUGCUGGGCCUUUAUGCGCUCGCGUUUUUCUUCAAAGGCCUUGUGGUGGAUUUGCUCGUCCUAGUCGUUGCUGCUUAUGUUGUUCUGUCUAUUCUACACAGUCUAGAGCUGAGUCAUGGACCAAUAGUCAGCAUCCUAUCUUUCACCUACCUCAUUGGAAAUGAGUUUUUCCUUGAACCAGAGUCAUGGCAGAAGAUCAGGGGACCUGAGAUGCUUGUUGUCAUGAAAGUGGUCUCCAUAGCCUUUGAUCUAGAUAGUGGAUCCCUCCGUAGUUUCCCCUCCGUGUGGGAGUACUGCGGUUAUGUCCUCUGUGUAGGGACCUCAGUGUUCGGGGUGUGGUGCUCCUUCAAUGACUACCUCAACAUUUACGUGUCCCCAGUGUGGAACAAAGAGUGGGCACUGAUGACUUGCCGGAGUCUUCUCCUUGCCCUUGUUAGUUUCUCAACCUCUGUCUGUUUGGUGGAUUGGUUAAUCCCCCCAGAAUCACCCUUAUGGUGGGGCUUGUACAGAGAUGCUCUACAGUUCAGGACAAGUCACUACUUUGUGUCAUAUGUGUCAGAAACUGUGGCAGUGCUCAGUGGUCUAGGGGCGGGGCCAGGUGGGGAAUGGACUCUCAGUGUCUCAGAGCCCCGUCACAUAGAACUGCCCCACUCCUUAGUUCAGGUGGUUGUUUCGUGGAACAAGUACAUGCACAAAUGGCUAAAGCUGUAUGUUUUCCGGACUACAAGCCAGUAUGGGGGUCUAGUUGCAGUCAUGGCAACAUACACAGUUAGUUCUCUAUUACAUGGACUUCACUAUCCUCUUGCGGCCAUACUGAUGUCUCUGGGGAUCUACACAUUUGUCGAGCACAGUAUCCGCUACCGAUUGUCGGUAAUGUUGGACGCUUGUGUUGCCGCUCGGCCGUGCCCAAAUGUGUGCACACGUCACAAACACACUGCACGACUUCUGCCAGUUACGGUGGUGAACUGGCUAUGGUCCAUGUUGGCUGUGUUUCACUUGGCUUAUCUUGGAUGCAUAGUAGAUACAUCUGACUCCUCGCCUGCUCCCUUCCCUCAAGCCUUCCAGAAGUGGAAUGAUGUACAUUACAUUAGUCAUAUUGUCGCAUUAGUAACCUACUUUUUAUAUUUUUGUGUAAAAUAA